AAAGUAUGAUCACUGUUGUGGUUUAUUUUGAAAUCCAAAUAAGGAAGUCCCACUAUUGAGAUUCUGUGACACUGUGACAAUGUGGGCAGAGCUGAAACUGUGACAGGUCAAACAGAUGCGAGUGACUUCAGACAAUUAGAGGAAACAACUCGUGUCAUGUAGCCUCUUUAAAACCGGCUAUUUUUGUUAGAAUGACUAGGAUUAUUACACAUUUUUGACAACAUUCAACAGUAAAUUAGCAGUUGAUUAAUGAGGAAGACUAUUGAUAAAAGUUAUAAAGAAGGAAGACGGCGAGGUGAUGGAGGAACCGCUACAACACCAAACCAAACAUGAGGAUUUUAUAUGAGAGGACCAUCAAAAUGUUUUCAUGAUUUACGGAAUAUAAAAUCAUAUUUCUACCAUGCAGAAGAAAAGAUGGAUACGUCGGAAGUUGCCAAUCUUUAUUUGCACCUUCUUCAUCAUCCUCUAUGUGGAUUUCCAAUUACGCAGCAGCAGCCUCCCCAAACUCAGCGUGGCUCACUCUCUGGUUCCCGGUCCCCUCCAGCGGUCCAUCCAGGAGGCUCCUUCCCCGGCCAGAGACGCACAGAUCCCGGGUGGAAACAGCAGCAGCAGCGACAGCAGGGAGGAGGACGGAGGACACUCAGACCCUGAAAGCACACAUGUCACUCUACCGGAAUUAAAGCUGGAGGACAUCUUCAUCGCGGUGAAAACCACCGGGAGGUUCCACGAGACGCGGCUCGCGCUCCUGUUGGAGACGUGGAUCUCCAUAACCAAAGCGCAUACGUUCAUUUUCACAGACACGGAGGAUGAGGAUUUGCAUUCAGAAGGUUACAACAUGGUGGUCACAGCCUGCCAGUCGGACCACAGCCAGCAGGCUCUGUCCUGCAAGAUGUCCGCCGAGUACGACGGCUUCAUGGCCUCAGACAAGAGGUGGUUUUGUCACGUGGACGAUGAUAACUACGUGAACCCGGAGGCUCUCCUCUCUCUGCUCUCAGCCUUCCCCCAGGACGGAGACAUCUACGUGGGCAAACCGAGCCUCGACAAGCCCAUCACUGCUCACGAACUGCUGGAGGGAAACGCAACGAGAGAGGUGAGGUUCUGGUUCGCUACAGGAGGAGCCGGGUUCUGUCUGAGUCGCAGGCUGGCGGAGAAGAUGGCUCCGUGGGCCGGCGGCUCGCGGUUCGAGCAGACAUCGGCGAGGAUCCGUCUCCCUGACGACUGCACGGUGGGCUUCAUCGUGGAGGAGAUACUCGGCGUCUCCAUGGUCCACUGUCCGCUGUUCCACUCUCACCUAGAGAACCUGCUGCUCAUCAGCCACAGGAGCAUACAGCACCAGGUGACACUGAGCUAUGGGAUGUUUGAGAACAAGAUGAUCAGCAUCGAGGUGAAAGGAAGUUUCUCUAAAGAGGAAGACCCCUCCAGGUUUAAGACCGUCCACUGCAAGCUGUAUCCUUUCACCAGCUGGUGUCCUUGAGAGAACUCCAACUUCCCAACACACAGGGGAAACCAUCGCUAAUCCAGCUGAGUGAAGCACUUUAACUGGGAUUGGUCUGAAGGAUUUUAUUUGAUGGAACAAUUUGAGAUGCAGACACCAGAAUUGAAGACUCUGAAACUAGAGAUGAGCUUCGGACGGAAAAUCUGGUUUCUCUUGACAUGCUUAAAAAAGAUCAGAUGGACACUUGUGGACUUGCAAGAAAGGAUCUUGAUAAUGAACGGGUCAACUGUGAGUUACAAACACACAGGUUUAUGGCGAUUAUUUGUGUCCUUACUAUGUUUUGUUUUUCUGGAACAUUUUAUCUGUGAUUAAGAGAAGCACUUAAGACAAAGCAGCACUUCAGAUUUUUACUGGAACUCCAUCCCGUAUUGUUUACAAAAACAAAAAUGAACUUGUACAUAUUUUUUAAAAUGUACUCACAUUUCUAUUAUUAAAACUAGAUUUCUAUA